AUGCGAGGCCUCGGGCCAAGCCUCCAGGCUCGGCGCCUCUUCCCGCUGCGGCUCCCGCCGCGGCCGUCGCGGCCGCCCGGACCCCGGCUGGCGAGCGGGCGGGCGGCCGGCGCUCUGGAGCGGGCCAUGGACGAGCUGCUGCGCCGCGCCGUGCCUCCCACGCCGGCCUACGAGCUGCGCGAGAAGACGCCGGCGCCCGCCGAGGGCCAGUGCGCGGACUUCGUGAGCUUCUACGGCGGCCUGGCCGAGGCGGCCGAACGCGCCGAGCUGCUGGGCCGCCUGGCGCAGGGCUUCGGCGUGGACCACGGCCAGGUGGCCGAGCAGAGCGCGGGCGUGCUCCAGCUACGCCAGCAGCCGCGGGAGGCGGCCGUGCUGCUGCAGGCCGAGGACCGGCUGCGCUACGCCCUGGUGCCGCGCUAUCGCGGCCUCUUCCACCACAUCAGCAAGCUGGACGGAGGCGUGCGCUUUCUGGUGCGGCUGCGGGCCGACCUGCUCGAGGCGCAGGCCCUCAAGCUGGUGGAGGGUCCGCACGUCCGGGAAAUGAAUGGAGUGCUGAAAGGCAUGCUGUCCGAAUGGUUCUCCUCUGGCUUCCUGACCCUGGAGCGAGUCACCUGGCAUUCACCCUGUGAAGUGCUACAGAAAAUCAGCGAGGCAGAGGCUGUGCACCCGGUGAAGAGCUGGAUGGACAUGAAGCAGCGCGUGGGGCCCUACAGGAGGUGCUACUUCUUCUCCCACUGCUCAGCCCUGGGGGAGCCCCUGGUGGUCCUGCACGUGGCGCUGACCAGUGAUAUCUCCAGCAACAUCCAGGCAAUAGUGAAGGAGUCCCCUCCGUCCGAGAGCGAAGAGAAGAACAGAAUCGCAGCGGCCGUGUUCUACUCCAUCAACCUCACCCAGCCAGGCCUGCAGGGCGUGGAGCUGGGCACCUUCCUCAUAAAGCGGGUGGUGAAGGAACUGCAGAAAGAGUUUCCUCACCUGGGGGCAUUUUCCAGUCUGUCUCCUAUACCUGGAUUCACCAAGUGGCUUCUGGGGCUCCUGAGCACGCAGGCCAAGGAGCCAGGGAAGAGCGAGCUGCUCACAGAGCCAGAGUGCAGGGACAUCUCCGAGCUUACGGGCGGGCCCGCCCACGAGACCCUCAAAGGCCUGCUCAGCAGCAGUGACUGGGCGAAGUCUGAGAAGCUGGUCAGGGCACUCCAGGCCCCCUUGAUGAGGCUCUGUGCCUGGUACCUGUAUGGAGAGAAGCACCGGGGCUACGCCCUGAACCCCGUGGCCAACUUCCACCUACAGAAUGGGGCCGUCAUGUGGCGCCUCAACUGGAUGGCCGACACCAGCCUCAAGGGCAUCACCGGCUCCUGUGGCCUGAUGGUGAACUACCGGUACUUCCUGGAGGAGACGGCCACCAACAGCACCGCCUACCUGGGCUCCAAGAACAUCAAAGCUUCUGAGCAGGUGCUCAGCCUGGUGGCCCAGUUUCAGAAGAACAGCAAGCUUUAAAGCCCACCUUUCCUGAAGCAGGUGCCCCGGCCCAGAAAGGAGUCAUACUCUACAUGGGUAGGGCGCGGGAGGGCCUGUACCCAAAGGACUCUGCAGCCUCCCACACUGGGAGGCUGUGCCCAGACAUAGCUGAGCAAGGUGGUGGUGGGUACAGGUGGACACGGACUGGGCGGAGAGGCGGUGCUCUCUCCAGAAGAUUCUGUCUCUGCCUUCGGCCUGGCUCCCUGCCCAGGUUGGUGCUGUAGCACCGCUGCCUUUAGAAAGCCCUAGUGUCUGUGGGCCAUGGUCCCAGGGUGGGUCCACCAGCCUCACAAGGACCUGGUGGCCGGUGAGAGCAGAUUUUUCCUUUGAACCUAGCACAUAGAAGGGUUGGCAGCUCUCUACGUCCACCAGCUAAAUCGCCGAGAAUCAUGAAUGUAUAAGGGCUUCGUGACUUCAACCAUUGAACACAAAGGGUGUUGUUGCUUGGGGCUUCAAUAGGGUGACAGACUUUAAAAUGACAGUGAUUCAAGUUCAUAAUGAACUUAAUGCUAAAGAACAAGUUUGUUCUGUGACUCAUUAAACGUGGUUAUUUAAGGUCGUGUGGCUUUGUCUUUAAAAUCCAGACCUGAGCUGGGACCUGUGCUGCAACAUCAGCUGUGCCCUUGGUCCCCGGCCAGCCUGCUGGCGUGUCAGGGGCUCUGUGGAGAGGGCCGGGGUGUGGCAAGAGAGCAAAGAUGGAGCAGCGGUGAUGGCUGUGUUGUGGCAGGAAGGUGUGUGUGCUCGUGGGCACGCAUGUCUGUGUGUCUGCCUGUCUCGCCUCGCAGGGGGUGUUCAGUGCUCUCAGCUAGGUGAGCGAGGUGCUCCCCAUUGUGCUUUUCGUCUGCCAGACCUGUCCGUCCCCUGAUCUCUGUCGUCUUCUGCCUGUGACUUGUUGCCUGAGAACAGUGUGCCGGGGCCACCACUAGAAAUUCUGCUCUUUGUGAAUCCUGCUGCAAGCUGACCGAGGCCCCUGGCCCUGCUCUGGGCUCAUCUGAAGGUCCUUGAGCUCCAGGGCUCCGCACAGGCCUAACACUACUGCCCUGAGGAGGAGCACGGCUGCUCCUCAGGGUCAGCUGCCUGUGGCAGCAGCUGCUGGUCCCCACUUUAAAAUGUCUGGUCUCUACAUUUACCCACUUAAUACAAAACUUUCAAGCCAAAUACACAGAAGUAGAGAAGAGUAUAAUGAACCCGUAUAGCUGUCACCCAGCUUCCACAGUCAUCAGGAAGUUUCCCUUUUUGUCAAACCUUAUCACUUCUUACAGUAUCUCACAUGUACUAGGGUGCUUCAUGAAGCCCGAUGGGUGGUGGAUGGAUAAGUGGAUGGAUGGAUGAAUGGACGGACGGAUGGGUCUCUCUUCUCGAUGCCUCAGUCCAAAUCACUGAAGGGAAAGCAUCUGUGACACCUCCAGGAUACUGCAUUGAGCCAA